UGGCCCGUUUUCUUGUGUAGUUUAUUUAAUUAAGUUGGAAAUUAAUAAUACAACAAUGAAGUUAGUCUUGCUUCUGAUUUUCGUCUCGAGAAUUGCAUUCGGCUGGACCAAAUUUGAUAUGGAACAAUUUGUAUCAACUGAUCGUCGGGGCUCUGAACCUAUGAUUCUACGACCACCAGAGGAAGACAACAAUGAGGUUGUCAACGAUAAUCAAAAAACAUUUUGGUCUUAUAAAGAAGCGCUAUACCACGGAACAAGAUGUCGCGAAAUGAAUUUACUGAGUUGUUCAGUUGAUUGCGAUCACCAUAAGAUAUAUAAAGAGCAUGGAUGUUGCAAAUGUGUUUGUUCAAAAAAUUAUGCUCUCUUUGGCUCCACGGAAUGUCACAGAGCAUCUUGGUCAAAAUGGAGUCGUUGGAGUAAAUGUAUAAAAUCUAAAUGGGGAGGAUUGCAAAUGAGGGAAAGAAUAUGCAAAUCACGCGGUAAGAAAACACCAGCCGUUUGCGAGGGAAGAGGAAGCAUUUCGAGGACUUGUGCACCUAUUACAGGAGAGUUUCGAAUCAGAAAGAAUGUUCGUCAUCUCACGGACGAGGAAAUGCAUGACUUGAUUCAAGCGAUGACUAAGUUAAAAGCUGAUAAAUCAAAGAAGGGAUUUCUGAAUAUCGCAUCGUGGCAUGGUUUCCCUGGACGUUGCCCGUGGUACAAGAUGUAUAAAGGACACGACGAUGGUCACUGUAGUUGGCAUCAUCAUCCUUUAUUCUUACCUUGGCACAGACUGAUAACUGUACAGUUUGAAAUGAGUCUUCAACGAUAUUUGAAAAAUAAAACUCUCGGGAUACCAUUCUGGGAUUGGACUGAAAAAGCUCUUGACAUACCAUACCUGAUUCGUCUUCCUGAAAUAUAUGAUCCCAUUCUGAAGAAAUAUGUUCACAAUCCAUUCCAUCAAACCCAUAUACUAGCUCUAAAUCAAACGCACACGAGGCGUCGGAUAUGGUAUCCAGGCGUUUUAAUGGAACACUUCUUCCAAAAAGCAACAACACGUGCACUUUUAUCUCAUCAUUAUUACCAUUUUGAUUCAAUUAUUUCUACUUAUUCUCAUGACCAGAUUCAUAACUGCUUCUGCUACGAUCCACCACGAAAAACUGACCCAGCUGGAUGGUGUAACAUAGGAAUGCCCACAACAACGUUCGCCUCGUACGACCCAGCGUUUAUGCUUCACCAUAGCGCCAUGGACCGCGUACUUGUCAUGAGGAGACACUUAGAGGAGGAUGCGGGUGUUACUGAUUGGACUUCUAGUCGGAUAAUUUCAGCGUAUCCGGAAGUAUAUCACGACUACUCCAACCCCAUGAAACAUUCAUUCGAGUGGCCGUUGGCGCCAUUUUGCAACAAAAGCAUGAAUCCUGAAACCACCACAAGCAAGAACAAAGUUUGGACUUUGCAUAGAAGUUAUUACAAUGAACAACUUUUUGGUUAUAAAUACGCAGAUUUGAAUCUCGGUGAUUAUAAUUGGGAAGAUUUGAAAAAAGAUUUCAAGUACAAUAAUUUACACAGGAGAUUUUGGAAUGAUGAAGUUUUCGAUACACAAAUCGGACGUCUAGGUGAAAAUUUCUGCUCUCACCCCUCUUACAGCAAGAAUUCCGCGUGCUAUUUUAGUUGCUAGAUUUUUUAGGUCUUCCGUAUUAAAUAAAUGUUAAAGUUGAUAUUUUCGACUUCAUUCGGGUUUUAGUUUCAUUUAUGUAUAUUCCAUUCAGUUCAUUUGUAUAUAUUACAGAAAAAAAUAGAAAUGAAUAUUUAUUUUAUUAACCCACAUUUUAGACUCAUUUUUUUCUCGCUUUGUGUUGUGUAGUUUUUCUCAGUGUUCCAUUAGCCAUCUUCCGAUACUUCGAGCACGUAACCACCUUUUUAUUUCAUUUUGGUUUAAAGUGUUUUUGUCUUAUACUAUAAUUACCAUUGUGUAUCAAGAAAAUUACGUAAAAGCCAAUAGAUUUA